AUGCUGUUCACAGGCCUUUCCCGCCUUGAAUACCGUGGCUACGAUUCGGCUGGUUUAGCGGUUGAUGGCGACAAGAAGAACGAGGUCCUCGCAUUCAAGGAGGUUGGCAAGGUCGCCAAACUCAAGCAGCUGAUCGAUGAAUCUAAGCCCGACCUCACCAAGAUUUUUGAUUCCCAUGCCGGUAUCGCUCACACCCGAUGGGCUACUCACGGUCCCCCAUCUCGGCUGAACUGCCAUCCCCACCGAUCUGACCCCACCUGGGAAUUCUCCGUUGUCCACAAUGGUAUCAUCACAAACUACAAGGAAUUGAAGACCUUGCUGCAGGCCAAGGGCUUCAAAUUCGAAACCGAGACCGACACAGAAUGUAUCGCGAAGCUCGCCAAGUACAUAUAUGACCAGCACCCACACAUUGACUUUGUCGACCUAGCUAAGGCAGUUAUUUCAGAGCUGGAGGGUGCCUACGGAUUGUUGAUCAAGUCGGUUCACUUCCCUCACGAAGUUGUUGCUGCCCGCAAGGGUUCGCCCUUAGUUAUUGGCGUGAAGACACAAAAGCGUAUGAAGGUCGACUUUGUCGAUGUUGAGUACUCGGAUGACACUGGCGCGUUGCCCGCUGAGGCUGCCUCGCAAAAUGUGGCUCUUAAGAAACAGUCUGGUGGUCUCUUGACUCCCAAUGCCGCUUUACUCGGUGCUCCCGACAAGUCACUGCUCCACCGCUCACAAUCCCGGGCUUUCAUGACCGACGAUGGCAUGCCUAUGCCCGCUGAAUUCUUCCUCUCGUCUGAUCCAUCUGCCAUCGUGGAGCACACCAAGAAGGUCAUGUACUUGGAGGACGAUGACAUUGCCCACAUUCACGAGGGUUCAUUGAACAUCCACCGUCUGAAGAAGGCUGACGGUACAUCCAACGUCCGCAGCAUCCAGACUUUGGAGCUAGAGCUCCAAGAAAUCAUGAAGGGUAAAUUCGACCACUUCAUGCAAAAGGAGAUUUUCGAGCAGCCCGAGUCAGUCGUCAACACUAUGAGAGGUCGUCUUGAUGUGGAGAACAAGACUGUCACCCUCGGUGGGUUGAGAUCAUACAUUGCCACGAUUCGACGCUGCCGUCGUAUUAUCUUCAUUGCUUGUGGAACUAGUUAUCACUCUUGCAUGGCAGUGCGAGGCAUCUUUGAGGAGCUCGCGGAGAUUCCAAUUGCAGUGGAACUGGCUUCCGAUUUCCUUGACAGAGAGGCCCCUGUUUUCCGUGAUGACACCUGCGUGUUUGUUUCGCAGUCUGGUGAGACCGCCGACUCAUUGAUGGCACUCCGAUACUGCUUGGAGCGCGGCGCCUUGACCGUCGGCAUUGUCAACGUCGUCGGCUCAUCCAUCUCGCUUCUUACCCACUGUGGUGUCCACGUCAAUGCUGGGCCUGAAAUCGGUGUUGCUUCUACUAAAGCCUACACCUCCCAGUUUGUUGCUAUGGUCAUGUUUGCCCUGUCUCUUAGCGAAGACCGAGCUUCCAAGAUCAAGAGGCGAGAGGAGAUCAUUGAUGGCCUGUCUAAGAUCUCUGGCCAAAUCAAACAAAUCCUUGAGCUUGACCAGCCUAUUAAGGAACUUUGCGCCAAAACCUUCAAGAACCAGAAGUCUCUGUUGCUCCUUGGCCGUGGCAGUCAGUACUCCACCGCUCUUGAGGGUGCUUUGAAGAUCAAGGAGAUUUCAUAUCUCCACUGUGAAGCUGUCAUGUCCGGCGAGCUGAAGCAUGGCGUUUUGGCUCUAGUUGAUGAGUCGCUCCCCAUCAUUAUGAUUCUGACACGUGAUGAUUUGUUCAAGAAGUCAUUGAAUGCCUACCAACAAGUUGCUGCUCGUGGUGGCAAGCCUAUCGUCAUUUGCAAUCCUAAUGAUGAGGAGUUCCGAGCUAGCGAGGCCGAGAAGAUAGAAGUCCCUAGAACUGUCGACUGUCUUCAAGGUCUUCUGAACGUUAUCCCGCUUCAACUGAUUGCAUACUGGCUUGCUGUUAUGGAGGGUUUGAACGUUGAUUUCCCUCGAAAUCUGGCCAAAUCAGUAACUGUCGAGUAA